UUUUGUCGCAUCUCGUAACUAGAGUUUAGUCUAUACGAGUGCACUCCUAGCCAAAUUCAAUCCGAAGUGUCAUCAAACCUAGUGAAAAUAAUCGUCACAGUUUGAGUUUCUGCUUUCAACGAGAUUCUCUCCUUGCUAGAAAGUUAUUCGGUAAGAAGAUCUUUGAUUGAUGUGUCUGAAUAAGGUUAGAUCAAUAAUAGUUGCUUGGAGCUUUCUCUAUACCUUUAUUGAAUUGUCCGACUCUUAGCUCGGGUUCUUACUUAAUGAAUAGACAAUUUUAGCAAAAAUCAAGGAUUAAUUUUUAGCAAGGUACAAAAUAUAUGGUCAAAUAUGGUGACGAAAAGUCUGAUUUACUUGGCAAACAAGAUCACUAAUAUGGACAUUGACUCUUAAACUUUUCUUCUUUCCUCUGUUCCUUCAGCUAUCUUUGAUUUGUCAAAUUCUUCUUAUCAAGCUAUCUAGAUACAUUUGACGAGAGUAAGCAACCCCACUUACAAUCGAGAGGUCGUGAGUUCGAGUCUCCCAAGAACAACGCGGGAAGUUAUUGGAGGGAAGGAUGCCGGAACAGUCUCUACCUAGCGCCAAAGUGUUUGGAGAAAUGCCUCAGAGAGUUGGGUUUUUGGGGAAACUCUUACAAGCUGUUGUAUGGAGACAUGAAAGAAGUUGUGAUGAUGGAUGAAGAAGCUAAGUCCAAGCCUAUCAAAUUCUCUCAUGAUAUUGUGCCUAGAAUCAUGCCCUUCAUCCAAAAAACCAUCAUCGAUUACGGUAAGAAGUCUUUUAUAUGGUUGGGGCCAACUCCUGCAUUGCUCAUCAUGGACCCAGAACUUAUAAGGGAAAUCUUGUCAAAGAGUAAUAUAUUCCAGAAGCCUCCGCCUACUGCACAAACAAAAUUGUUAGCAGAAGGAAUCUUGAGCUAUGAAGCAGAUAAAUGGGCUAAACACAGAAGAAUCAUCAAUCAUGCUUUUCACCUAGACAAGUUGAAGCAUAUGGUACCUUCAUUCCAUUUGUGUACUUGUGAGAUGUUGAGCAAAUGGGAAAAAAUUGUCUCAGCAGAAGGAUCAGAGGUAGAUGUCUGGCCAUAUCUUCAAAGUUUAACUAGUGAUGAUAUUUCAAGAACUGCAUUUGGCAAUAGCUAUGAAGAAGGAAGAAAGAUGUUUGAACUUCAACAAGAACUAGCCAAAAUUAUCUUAAAAGUGACAGAGUCAAGUUAUAUUAAGUUCUUGCCCAACAAAGAGGAUAGAAGGAUGAAACAAAUAUAUCAGGAAGUAAGAUCACUUGUGUUGGGAAUUAUCAAUAAAAGAAUGAAUGCAAUUGAAGCAGGGGAAGCAUCUAAUAAUGAUGACUUAUUGGGUAUAUUAUUGGAAUCCAAUUUGAAAGAAAUCCAGGAACAUCGAAAUAAGAAAUUUGGAAUGAGUAUGGAUGAGGUGAUUGAAGAGUGUAAGUUGUUUUAUUUUGCUGGACAAGAGACAACUUCAGCAUUGCUUACAUGGUCAAUGAUUGUAUUGAGCAAACACUCCGAAUGGCAAGCUCGUGCUAGAGAAGAGGUUCUUCAAGUCUUUGGCAACAACAAACCUGACUAUGACAUGCUGAAUCAACUCAAAGUUGUAACUAUGAUUAUUCAGGAAGUCUUGAGAUUGUAUCCACCACUUCUUUUGAUGGGUCGAGAGGUACAUACAGAAACCAAAUUAGGAAACUUAUCAUUACCAAGUGGAGUGCAACUCCUAUUACCAACAAUAAUGUUGUAUCAUGACCAAGAAAUAUGGGGUGAAGAUAUUAAAGAGUUCAAUCCAGAGAGGUUUAGUGAAGGAGUAAACAAAGCAACAAAAGGCAAGUUUGCAUACUUUCCAUUUAGUUGGGGACCAAGAAUCUGCAUUGGACAAAACUUUGCUAUGUUAGAGGCCAAAAUGGCACUUGCUAUGAUUCUACAACACUAUGCUUUUGAUGUUUCUCCUUCUUAUGCUCAUGUUCCUUAUUCAGUGCUAACUCUUCAACCUCAACAUGGCGCUCAGCUAAUUCUACACAAGUUGUAGACAGAGACGAAGCCAAAAUUUGAAGUUUAGGAGCUCUAAACUUAUCCCCGAAUAGCUCGUCUUAGUUUCUCCAGACCCCACUUGUGGGAAUAUAUUGACUAUCUUCUUCUUGUUGUUGUAGCUCGUCUUAGUUUCUGGGUUUGCAGUAGGGUCUAAGCAAAAACUGUUGGUUUGUCUGAAUUCGUGUCUAAUACAUUAGUUUCGUCCCUGAUUAUUUGGAGCAUCUUAUAGCCAAAUUAGCUUCCGAAGUUUAGUUUAAUAUUUGGUAAUAAAGGAUCACUUAUUCUAA